AUGGAGGCUGUGGGUGCCCCUGACCUGAACCAUGUCAGUGGCCAAGUGGGGCUGGAAGCCAAAGAACAGCCCAUCUUCACCACCCGAGCGCAUGUCUUCCAGAUUGAUCCCAGCACCAAGAAGAACUGGGUGCCUGCCAGCAAGCAGGCCGUCACUGUCUCCUACUUCUAUGAUGUCACAAGAAGCAGCUAUCGGAUCAUCAGUGUGGAUGGAGCCAAGGUGAUCAUAAACAGUACAAUCACCCCAAAUAUGACUUUCACCAAAACGUCGCAGAAGUUUGGGCAGUGGGCAGACAGCAGAGCCAACACGGUGUUCGGUUUGGGAUUUUCCUCCGAGCAGCAGCUGACUAAGUUUGCAGAGAAGUUCCAGGAAGUGAAAGAAGCUGCCAGAGUAGCCAGAGACAGGUCCCAGGAGAAAAUUGAGACCUCAAGUAACCAUUCCCAAGCCUCCAGCGUCAAUGGGACAGACGAUGAGAAGGCCUCCCACACGGGUCCUGCUGACACACACCUGAAAUCCGAGAAUGACAAGCUGAAGAUUGCUUUAACACAGAGCGCUGCCAACGUGAAGAAAUGGGAGAUCGAGCUGCAGACCCUGCGGGAGAGCAAUGCCCGGCUGACCACAGCCCUGCAGGAGUCCGCAGCCAGCGUGGAGCAGUGGAAGAGGCAGUUCUCCAUCUGCCGGGACGAGAACGACCGGCUCCGGAACAAGAUCGACGAACUGGAAGAACAGUGCAGUGAGAUAAACAAAGAGAAGGAGAAGAACAGUCAGUUGAAGCACAGGAUCGAGGAGCUGGAAUCGGAACUCCGAGAGAAGGAGACGGAGUUGAAAGAUCUCCGAAAACAAAGUGAAAUCAUACCUCAGCUCAUGUCAGAGUGUGAAUAUGUCUCUGAGAAGCUGGAGGCAGCAGAAAGAGACAAUCAAAACCUGGAAGACAAGGUGCAGUCUCUAAAGACGGACAUUGAGGAGAGCAAAUACCGACAGCGCCACCUGAAGGUGGAAUUGAAGAACUUUCUGGAAGUGCUGGACGGGAAGAUCGAUGACCUCCACGACUUCCGCCGGGGCCUCUCCAAGCUGGGCACGGACAACUAGGGCUGGGUCAAGGCCGGUGUGUGUGUGAGAGAGAGAGAGAAAGAGAACAUUGGACUAGGCUGUCCUUCUGUUUGCGUUGCUUUUGUAAAUGCAGGCGCAGUUUGUCGUGUUUCCAAACCAGUAGUGCCGUCCACUCAGCUCCUCUUCAGAUUAGAAAUCUCCUCGUGCUCUCUGGCCUUUUGAGGUUGUGGACAACUGGAAGAUUCUGACUCAGGAAUCCAGAACUACCUAGUCUAUGAAGUCAGGGCAGGGACAUUUAUAUCUUUCUUAAGGGCUGUUGCAACCAUAUGAACUAAAGAAAAAAAUAAUUUUUUUCUAAUCUAAAUAUGAAUAUUCUAGAACAUCUUAUACACCAGGCUAUUUUGUUCCUUUUAUUCGCUGGUGUUCGGAGUAUUUAAAUGUCUGCGAGGCCACCAUCCUUGG